CCCUUGGAGACAGGACGCUCUCAGCUCCGGGCAUCCGUUCUUUCGCCGCCUUUGGGAAGAGUUGACCAGGGCUCACCAUGGAAGAACAGCCGCAGGAUGAGAAAAAGAGCCAGUCCCGCAGGCAGAGCCUGGAGACGCGGGAGGCGCAGGACAGGCGGCGUACUCUGUCCCAGACCCCAUCGGUGACCGGGCCAACUGAUGUUUCAGCCCGCGGGUCCCGAGGCAGCCUGGGGGCGCCACCGUCCCGAGGCAGCCCGGGACUGCCAUUGUCCCAAAAGAGCUCGGGGGCGCCAGGGUCCCAAGGCAGCCUAGGGGCGCCAGGUGAAGAAGCCACAGAGGGCAAGCCAAUGGAAAGCGUCCCCCAAAUGGGGUCCCAGAGCCUGCAUCAUCUGGUGGGUUUUGUUCCAAGCGACGUCAGCAUGCCUGAGACCUAUGCCCCCAUGGGUGGUUCUCAGUUUGGGCCCUAUCAGCCAAUGGACAUGAGCAGCGACACGUUUCAGCCUGAACCGCUGUUGUCUAGCAGCAGCUACCUGGAGGAGGACGAGGGGUCCCACGGCCCCUACACUAUAGACGACCCGCUAUUCAGAGGCUCUUAUAUGGAGCCCAGCUUCGGGCCCUUGGACUACGAGCUGCCCGAGCCUGAGCCCCGGGAGUUGAUGAUACAGAACGCCAAAGCCUACCUGCUGAAGACCAGCGUCAAGUGUGACCUCAGCCUGUACGAGCACCUGGUGAACUUGCUGACUAAGAUCCUGAAUGAGCGGCCCGAAGACCCCCUGGCCAUCUUGGAGUCCAUGAACCGGACCGUGCAGCAGGACUGGUUCCACAAGAAGCUAGAUACCCUGAGGGACGACCCCGAGAUGCAGCCCACCUACGAGAUGGCCGAGAAGCAAAAGAUCUUGUUCCUGCGUGGGGCAGGAGAGGGCGAGCAGGAGAUGGAAGAGGAAAUGACAGAGAUCCCCGUGCCCAACAUCAUCGAGUCGGCCUUUUACUUCGAGCAGGCGGGCGUGGGGCUGAACUCAGACGAAACCUUCCGCAUCUUCCUGUCCCUCAAGCAGCUGGUGGAGCAGCAGCCCGUGCAGAAGUGCCGCUUCUGGGGCAAGAUCCUGGGCCUGCAGCGCAACUACCUGGUGGCCGAGGUGGAAUUCCGCGAAGGCGAGGAAGAGGAGGAAGAGGAGGAGGCCGAGGAGCUGGUGGAAGGGGCGGGCGAGGGGAUGGAGGGUCGCGGCGAGGAGGAGGGCGAGGAGGACGAGGAGAAGGAUGUGGACGAGCCGCCCAAGCCCACGUGGAAGCCGCCGCCCGUGAUCCCCCGCGAGGACAGCCGCACGGGGGCCAACAAGUACCUGUACUUCGUGUGCAACGAGCCCGGACGCCCCUGGACCAAGCUGCCCCACGUCACGCCCGCGCAGAUCGUCAACGCGCGCAAGAUCAAGAAAUUCUUCACGGGCCACCUGGACACGCCCAUCGUCAGCUACCCGCCCUUCCCGGGCACCGAGGCCAGCUACCUGCGGGCGCAGAUCGCGCGCAUCUCCGCGGGCACCCAGAUCAGCCCGCUCGGCUUCUACCAGUUCGGGGAGGAGGAGGGCGACGAGGAGGAGGAGGGCGGUGCCGGGCGCGACAGCUACGAGGAGAACCCGGACUUCGAGGGCAUCCCCGUGGCCGAGCUCGUGGACUCGCUGGCCAACUGGGUGCACCACACCCAGCACAUCCUGCCCCAGGGUCGCUGCACCUGGGUGAAUCCCAACCAGAAGUCUGAGGAGGAAGAGGAGCUGGGGGAGGAAGGGGAGAAGGCAGAUGAACUGGAGGAGGUGGAACAGGAAAUUGGACCCCCACUCCUGACCCCACUAUCUGAAGAUGCAGAAAUCCUGCAGUUGGCCCCCUGGACAGCCCGCCUCUCCUGCCCCCUCUGCCCUCAAUACUCGGUGGCCAUGAUUCGAUCCAACCUGUGGCCUGGGGCCUAUGCUUAUGCCAUUGGCAGGAAGUUUGAGAACAUCUACAUCGGCUGGGGUCACAAGUACAGCCAGGAGAACUUCAACCCCACCCUGCCACCAGCGGUGCAGACGGAGUACGUCAUUGGGCCUGAGACCAUGGAGAUGGCUGACCCCACUGUGGAAGAGGAGCAGGCCCUGAAGGCUGCCCAGGAGCAGGCCCUGGCAGCAGCCGAGGAGGAGGAGGAAGAUGAGGAGGAUGAAGAGGAUGAGGAUGCCGAUGACUAAGGGG